UAUUCCUAUUUGAACUCAUAUGUGUGAGAUCUUCUAAGAAUCGAAUUUCUGUAUGACUGAUCACCCGAAUGACGUCACCUUCUCUGACGCCAUUUUACACUGAGUAGUUCCAUCAGAUCACCUAAUCACACCUUGUCGCAUACGCAUGAGACGAUUGGAUUACUACCGCUGAUUUCAGUUCUUUCAUUAAUUGUCAUCCCCUCAAUUAAGAAAAUACUUCAUUCACGAUGGACGGUGGAGGAUACUCGGGUGAUGGCGACCUUGGGGGCCCAAGGACACCUCAGCAGGCAGUGUCAACAAAAAAAUUGCAGCAGACACAGGCAAAAGUUGACGAGGUGGUGGGAAUUAUGAAGGUGAAUGUCGAGAAAGUCCUCGAGAGGGAUCAGAAGCUCUCGGAAUUGGACAAUAGGGCUGAUGCACUGCAACAGGGGGCUGCACAGUUUGAGCAGCAGGCUGGCAAGCUGAAGAGAAAAUACUGGUGGAAAAAUCUUAAAAUGAUGAUCAUCAUUGGGAUUAUUUGUGUUAUUAUUCUCAUCAUUAUUAUUGUGUCACUAGUACCGAGCUCAAGUGAUACAGACGCCCAGUAACCGAGAUACAAAAGAAAUCCACCAGGACUUGGAAUUCUAUCCUGAGGAGUUUCUUUGAAUAAGAGUGAAAUAUAUAUAUAUAUAUUUACAGUUCACGAGGUGCCUUAUCUUCCAGGUAUCAUCGAAAAAAUUAAUUAAAAGAUCAAUAUUGAUUAACAGAAAUAUAAUUGUAAAAAUAUGAUAAAUCAAAUGCACUGUUUAGUAGAGGAGUGGUAAAACGUGAAAAUUUCUCAUUUUCGUUGAUUUUGUAUUUAUCUCAAGAGCCGGAAAUAUCAAGAACAAUUAUUUGUAGGGAAAGAAAUUUCCAACGGCAAGUGCUUCGUGACAUUUUCCCCCGGAAUCCUUCAUUACCGAGAUAAUUGCCAUUUAAUUUCCACAAGUUUUCAUUUCAAUGAAAAAAAUCAGAUUUUCGUUAAUUUGAAAUAUCUCACGGGCGAAUGGAUUUUAGGGAAAAAUGUCUAGAACUUUUUUGCGGUUGUGCAAAUUCUCCACAAAAAAAGUCCUCUGAUAUUUUUUCCCCUCAAAUCACUCAGUCUAAAAAUAUUUUAAUGCUAACAAAACUAAAACUCGCCUUUCUUUCACGUUUUACCAUUUCACCAAUUUUAUAUUUAAAAACAUUGAGGAAUAUCGGGUUGCAGAGGGUCCAAAGCACAUUAACAUAAACUCUCCUCAACAAUUGUCAAUUACCCCCCAACUGGGGAAACUCCAUUGCUGUGUCAAAUUAACUAGUGUAUGUGUUUAAUAUUAUUUAAUAUAAUGUUUAUAUUCAUGGGAAA